AAGUGACAAAGGGAGGAACGAGAACGAGAUCGUUUUCAUCUACAGUGACUACAGUUUUGAUUUGUUGUUUAGCUCCAUAUUUAUCUAUUUAGUUAUGUGCAUUAAACCAUCAAAGUCUCAAGGUUUCAGUAAUUUCAACAACAGUGUAGAUUAAGGUAUUUAUUUGUUGAUCAGCUAAAAAAAACAAAAAUGAUCCAACCAGAUUACACUUCGGCAAUGGGUUUACUAUCUCAUCUCAAUUCAGAUGAGUUAAAAGAAAUAUUAAACGACGACUCUAAAUUUGAUUCUGUGCUAAAAGAUGUGAAACAGGUAAAAGAAUGGGAAACAGAGAAGGAGAUGAUAAUAGCUAGCAACAGGUCCCUAGCGGAGUUCAACUUGAAAAUGGAACCGCAGCUGCAGGAGCUAAAGGCAGCCAUGCAGGAGCGUUCUGAGGAGGGAGAAGCGCUCUGCACUCGUAUACAGGAACUGCUAGAAGAGUACAAAUCAAAAUCAGCUGGAAUCUCACUUGACACAACACAAGCACUGCUUCAGACAAGUGCUGCCGAAUCUGAGGAAAAAUCCGAGGAAAUAGCACAGGACUAUCUAUCAGGAAAAAAAUAUGACGGAGACUACGAGCAGUUCUUAGAGGCCUUCGAACCUGUCCGCAAGCAAAUGCAUCUCAGAAAGUUCAAAGCAGAUAAAAUGGCCGAACUAAUCAGAACUGGAAGCAGAAAUUCCUGCGGGAACGGAUUCUCAAAGCCAUACUUACCGUAUCCUAAUUAUGGGCCUGGACAGAGCGCCCCUAGUGUGCCAUAUCCCAUGGGACCUCUCAACAUGCCAAUGCCAGGCAUGUAUGGAAACCAUUUCUGAUUUCGGAAGCAUUUGAAUGAAAUACUAUUUCAAAAUAUCGUCCUUAGAUAUAGAGGCAAUUCUUUACCAUAAUAAACAGCUGUAAAAUUUAUGACAAAGAUUUUAAACUCUGUUUUUUAAGUACACUACAUGUUGGUGCUUACAUAGUGAAUAUGUGAUUUAUUCAAAAAAUAGAACUUUUAGAUACUAUGAGAUAAUGUAGUUUUACAAAAUAUCUUAUGCAUUAAUGAUAGCAAAAAUAAUUAGGUCUUGUUCAUAAGUUUAGAUGCCUAAAGCUUUAAUUUUGUCUGUCAAUAAAAUCAUACAAGGUUAUUGUAUGUAAUUAAAACUAUUAUGAAAGUUAUUUUUGGUUAAAAUUAUAGCUUCUUUUCUUUAGAAAAAGUUUUCAAUAAAAGUAAUCAUCAACUGUAAAUAAAUAUUUUAUUUUCUAGUCAUUUACAACUAUUUCCUCUCAUGAUUGAUGGCAACGGGCCAACUUUUACACGCGUUGUGGUAUGACAUAUCACAUGUUAUCUAAAGUUAUUGCAGAUAUGUACAAUAUAUACAAAGAUUUUUAACAUUAAAUUGAAACAAGAACAAUCAAAAACUAUUAAUUAUUGCUAAAAAUUUAACUAACAAAUUGUUUAACCGAGUUCAGUAAUAUGAAAUAAAUGAGACCGCAAUGGAAUUGCGAAGAAAUGAUGCUACA